CACACGCACGCUUCACUAGCUUAGCUUUCGGCUUUCGCGGAGAGAAGAAAAUUCCCAGGCUUUUGGCUACGUAGUUUCGGCGGCAAAUGGCGACCAUCGAGGUCUCCAAGCCACCGUCAUCCAAGCGCAUGUCCCCGAAGGGGAGCUUCAAGCUGAGCCUGCUCGCCUGCGGCCACUGCAAGGCCACCACAGUCUCGCCCCCGGACUCCCCCACCGGCGCCGGCGCGCGGUCGCUCUCGUCCUCGGCGUCGUCCUCCGCGGGGACCUCCCGCGACCGCCAGGCGGAGCUGCGGGAGAUCUUCCGCCACUUCGACCGCGACAUGGACGGCCGGAUCUCGGGCCGGGAGCUCCGCGAGUUCUUCGCGUCCAUGGGCGACGGCGGCGCGGAGGCCGCGCUGGAGCUCGACGCGGCCGGCGACCUCAUGCUGGGGUUCGAGGACUUCGUCAGGAUCGUGGAGCGCAAGGGCGGGGAGGAGGAGGAGCGCGAGGACCUGCGGCGCGCGUUCCAGGCCUUCGAGGCCGUCAAGGGCUCCGGCCGGAUCACGCCGCGCGGCCUGCAGCGCGUGCUCAGCCAGCUCGGCGACGACCCGUCCGUCGCCGAGUGCGAGGCCAUGAUACGGGCCUACGACGACGACGGCGACGGCGAGCUCGACUUCCACGAUUUCCACCGCAUGAUGAGCCAUGACUAGCUGCCUGUGGCGCGGCCGGGCACCACUUGUUACUUCAUCCGUGUGUGUUUCCGGUUUCCAGUGCGUGAGUGCGUGUGGUUUGUGUGGCGCGCGCGCCAGUUUGAAGCUGUUUGGGUGUUUCUGCUUUUACAAGGGAACUGGAUAACAUUGACAUAUUGGA